UAGGUUUUAUCAAGUAUCCAUGUGGCAAACAUGUCAGGGAUUGGAUGCAUACUAUGGCUGAAGUGGUUGACAAAUAUCUGUGCUAUUGGUACACAGAAGUAAUAAGGAUGGGAGGAAAGCGUCUUUGAAAGAAAAUGGGCUGGGGGCUUAGGGUAUUCUCAUUAGGAGAGGUCUCAAAAUUGGUAUUUGUUUCUGAGCAGCUGCUAAUAUGUCUGAGGCUUAGAAUUGACAUGGUAAAUCUAAAACAGUCUCAGCAGUGAUUAGCUGACCUCACCCAAGUUCCAAGCCCUACUCUGCUGAUCCUUUUCUUGAGCCUCAGAGCUAAAAUGCUCCUGAGCUCAUUCCUAUUGGCUGGGAAGACCAAUUGAAGUUCCCUUGCCCAUGUUAGGAGGUGUACGCCUUCUGAACUAAAGAUAGACACAGCUGCCCCUUCCAGACAGCUAAAAGCUUCCAGACUAAGAGGUCUUCCCCACUCGGCAGCCAGACUCCUUGAAAUACCCUUUCAGUAAUUCUACCAACGCUUCCAUGUCUCUACUCUGCCAUAACAAAGGCUGUGGGCAGCACUUUGACCCCAAUACCAAUCUUCCUGAUUCCUGUUGCCAUCACACUGGGAUCCCAAUCUUCCAUGAUGCACUUAAGGGUUGGUCCUGCUGCCGGAAGCGAACUGUAGAUUUCUCUGAGUUCUUAAACAUCAAGGGCUGUACUGUGGGACCACACUGUGCUGAGAAGCUCCCUGAAGCCCCUCAACUUGAGGGCCCUGGCACAAGCAGUUCAUUUCAGGAGCAAAAACUGACUACGAUUCCAAAGUCAGCAGAGACUUUGCGCCGGGAGAGGCCCAAGUCAGAGUUGCCUCCAAAGCUGCUUCCGCUAAAUAUAUCCCAAGCCCUGGAAAUGGCAUUGGAAAAGAAGGAAUUAGACCAGGAAUCUGGAGCAGGACUUGACAGUAGUCUGAUUCAGACUGGUUCCAGCUGCCAGAACCCAGGAUGUGACGCUGUUUACCAAGGCCCUGAGAGUGAUGCUACUCCAUGUACUUACCACCCAGGAGCACCCCGAUUCCAUGAGGGGAUGAAGUCUUGGAGCUGUUGUGGCAUCCAGACCCUGGAUUUUGGGGCCUUCCUGGCACAGCCAGGAUGCAGAGUUGGUAGACAUGACUGGGGGAAGCAGCUACCAGCAUCUUGCCGUCAUGAUUGGCACCAGACAGAUUCCUUAGUAGUGGUGACCGUGUAUGGCCAGAUUCCACUUCCUGCAUUCAACUGGGUGAAGGCCAGUCAAACUGAGCUUCAUGUCCACAUUGUUUUUGAUGGUAACCGUGUGUUUCAAGCACAGAUGAAGCUCUGGGGGGUCAUAAACGUGGAGCUGAGCUCUGUCUCCUUGAUGCCAUCUCGGGUUGAAAUCUCCCUGGUGAAGGCUGACCCAGGAUCCUGGGCCCAGCUGGAGCACCCUGAUGCACUAGCUGAGAAGGCUAAGGCAGGGGUUGGGUUAGAGAUGGAUGAGGAAGAAUCUGAGGACUCAGAUGAUCUGAGCUGGACAGAGGAGGAGGACGAGGAGGAAGCAAUGGGGGAAUAGUGACACCAAACAAUCAAGUAUCUAGACAGGACCUCAAUAAAUCUCAUAGGAUCUCAGAGACCAGGAUAUGGUUGGCCAUGUGGUAUUGAGCAGCAGGAGGCUGAAGGAGGGGAGAACAAAAAUAUCCAAACCAUGCUGUUUUUUCUCUUAAAUAAAUCUGUUAUUCUACAGUUUCACAUAGUGUUGUUCUCUCACCUCACUAUCUAAGAUUGUAUUCAUUUCCCCCAACUUCUGUGUGUUUGACACAUGUGUGAAAACAAGCACAUUCACAUUCAAUCUAUUCCUCACAACUAUCAGUUAUUUACUGAGUACUUACUAUGUGCCCAGUUAUGUGUUGGUUAGUUUAGAGAUAUUUGAGAAACAGAAGACUUAUUCAUUCCUCUCGGAAAAAUUACAGUCUGGCUGACAAGUCCUGGAUAAUCGACAUGAAAUAAUAAUAAACAUUAUUAGGUAGUUAAAUUGAGUACUAAAUUGUGCAGUACAGUUUUUAAGAGCUAUUGGAGUUGAGAGAAUGGCGAGAUUAAUGUGGACUACAGUAGAAAAGGAAGGCUCAGAAUAAAACUUAAUCUUUCCCUAAAAAAAAGGGAAGUCUCCAUGGAAGACGUAAUUUAAAAAAAAAAAAAAGCUUUAUUGAGAUACAAUUCACAGACCAUACAACACCCAUUUAAAGUAUAAAAUUCAAUGUUUUUCCGAGUUGUAUAACCACAAUCAACUGAAAACAUUUUCAUCACUCCAAAAGAAACCCUGUCUAUACCCAUUAGUAGUCACUCCCAAUUUUCCUUCAAACUCAUAGCCCUAGGCAACCACUAAUCUACUUUCUGCCUCUGUGGAUUUACCUAUUGUGGAUAUUUUAUGACCAGAAUGAAAAAAAAAGUGGUCUUUUGUGACAGACUUCUUUCACUUAGCAUAAUAUUUUCAAAGUUCAUCCAUGUUGUAAUGCAUAUAAGCUCUUAAUUUCUUUUCAUGAACAAAUAAUAUUCCACUGUGUGAUUAUACUACAUUUUGUAUAUCCGUUCAUCAGUUGAGGGACAUUUGGGUCUUUUUCCACUUUUUGCCUAUUAUGAAUAAUGAUGUUAUGAGCAUCCAUGUAAAAGUUUUUAUAUAGACAUAGGUUUUCAUUUCUCUUGGAUAUAUACCUAGGAGUGUAAUUUCUGGGUCAAAUGAUAACUUUAAUCUUUUGAGCAACUGCCAGACUAUUUCCAAAGAGGCUGCAUCAUUUUACAUUCCCACCAGCUAUGUAAGAGGGUUCCAGUUUCUCUACAUCCUCAAUAACACUUAUUUGUCUUAUUUUAACCAUACUAGUGGGUGUGAAGUGGAAUCUAACUAUGGUUUUAAUUUGCAUUUCACUGAUGGCUAAUGAUGUUGAGCAUCUUUACUUGUGCUUAUUGGUAAUUUGUGUCUCUUAUUUGUAAAAACAUCUGUUCAUAUCCUUUGACCAUCUGCUAAUUGGGUGAUUUAUCUUUUUAUUGGAUUGUAAGAGUAUUAAAUACAAGGUAUCCCCAAAAGUAUAUAUACAUACUUUGAAUAAUAAUAAUAAAGGCAGUGUUUAUUAAAAUAAAUUUCAUUUUCAAAAUUGAGCUAUCAGGUGUUAAAGUUUGUAUACAUUUUUGGGACACCUUGUGUAUUUUGGAGACAAGUCUCCUGUCAGAUAUAAGAUUUGCAAAUAUUUUCUCCCAUUGUGUGUGUUGUCAUUUCACUUCCUUAGUGGUGUCCUUUGGUACACAAAAGUUUUUAAUGUUUAUGAAGUCCAGUUUUUCUAUUUUUCCUUUUUUUUCUUAUGUUUUUGAUGUCAUAUCCAAGAAACCAUUGCCUAAUCCAAGGUCACAAAGAUUUGCUUCUGUGUUUUCUCCUAAGUGUUUUAUAGUUUUAGCUCUUACAUUGAGGUCUUCAAUCCAUCUUGAAUGAAUUUUUAUAUGUUGUAUGAGGUAGGGGGUUCAACUUUACAUUUAUGCUUAUGGAUAUCCAGUUGUCCCAGCACCAUUUUUUUGAAAGACUCUUCUGUCCCCAUUGAAUUGCUUUUAUACCCUAGCUGAAAAUCAAUUGACCAUAAAUGUGAGGGUUAAGAAAUACAUUCUGAAUAGAAAUUUGAAGAAUGAGAAAUUUGGAUGGGUAUGGAAGAGAGGAAGAGCCAGGAUGGGGCAAGAAGAUGUUUUAUUUUACUUUUUGUGUUUUAAUUUUAUUUCCAAAAGUAAUAUAUUGCCACUGUAGAAAAACUCAGUACAGAAGUAUGUAGAGUAAAAAGUAAAUGUUCCUCUUCAGAUGUUCUCCAAUCUUAGUUCCUUUGCUGUUUGUAACCACAGCUAACAUAUAAAAAGGCAUGUUUAAGGAGGGGACAAAAAAGUUAAAUGGCGUCUGACUAGACUGGGAGGAGCCUAAAAUUCUAGAUCAAGGAUUUUGAACAUGAUUUAAAAGAGAGUUAAAAAAGACAUUAUAGGCUUUUCCUUUUAAAAUGUAGAUUCUUAAUCAGAGGACUCUUUUAAGUCUCCCUUGAGUCAAAUUUACUGCCUCAACAGCAUGGCCAAGAAUCUGGAAGAUUUAAACUCCAAGAAACAUCAAACUAGGAAGCUCACCAAACCUCAGAUGACCUCAAGUUCUUUUCAUAGCAGCCUUCCCUCUCAGUUCAGAUUCAAGAAACAUAGGGUCUCGUUGGGAGCGAGGAGUAAGAUGGGGAUGGGAGAAUGGACAUGGGCAGCAAAGGUGAGGGAUCACAGCAUAGUUUGGCUUAGAAUUUGGAGACUGAAGCAAGAUUAGGGGAUAUUAAGGAAUGAGUUCAGGAAUACCUCACAUAUCAGAGAUAAAGAGGUUUCCUGGACCUCUAGGAUAUUCAACAAUUCUCACUCAGUAUUCUCUCAUUCUAUGGAUUUGAAAUGCAAAUAAAAUUUCCCCUUCCAACUGAACCCUUCAGAUCCUUUCUAACCCUGGCAGCAGUUAACUAUUUUAAAAAAUAUUUUUAUUGAUUUCAGAGAGGAAGGGAAAAGGAGAGAGAGAUAGAAACAUCAAUGAUGAGAGAGAAUCAUUGAUCGUCUGCCUCCUGCAUGUCCCCCAGUGGGGAUCAAAGCCACAACCUGGGCAUGUGCCCUAACCAGGAAUCAAACUGUGACCUCCUGGUUCAUAGGUCAAUGCUCAACCACUGAGCCACACUAGUCGGGCAGCAGUUAACUUUUAAUGUCAUUUUUCUGUGGGAGAGUCGUCAUCCAUAGAGACUUUGGUAGACAUUAAAAAAUAUGUUGAAGUAAAAAUGCAUAUAGAAAAAUACAUAAAGUGCACUAACCUUAAAUGUACAACUUUUUUUCUAUCUUCUUAUCAAAAUCAGGGACCAGCAACUAUCCAGAAAUCCUGGAGAGGAUGGAGGUGAGGAAUCAGAAAAUUCAAGUAACCCUUGUUGUAUAUAAACUUGAUAUAUAAAACUUCAAAUUUACAGCAUUAAGAAGUAGUGUACUAAAAAUAAUAAUAAUAAAAACUUAAAAAAAAUAAAAAUAAAGUAGUGUACUAGCUCAUUUUACAUAGCCCAAAGCCUAAAAUGUAAGAAAUUUUCAGGCAGGUGUAUAACAUUAAUAACAACAACAAUAACCAUAGCUACUAUUUCUGAUACAAACUAACCUACCAGGUACUGUGCUAAGUACUUUGCAUGCAUUAUCUAAUUUAAUCCCCCACUUCAAUGAAAUAUAUGUAUAUGUGUGUGUAUAUGUGUGUGUGUAUGUGUGUGUGUUCACAUUAGCACAAAUCCUCUCCAUAUCUCCUUUUACACGUCUCAUGUCUUCCUAAUGUGCUUUGUAUCCACUCCCCUCACACCUUCCCAGAAAUGUUACACUAUUAACUAUCCUUUCUCUUUCUUGUUUAUUCAACCUUUCCCUCUUGUUGGAUAUUUUCAUUGGCAUUUAAAUAUGAUCAAGUCUCUACAAUCUUACAAAAACAAUUUCCCUUGAGUUCACAUCCUUCCCUAGCUACUACUUAACUCUUUUCUCUCCUUUAUAACUAAACUUUUUGAAAUAACUACUUUUUCUGAUUCCUUCUUCCUGAUCCCUUCACAGCACACUUCAUUCUGUCUUCCAACCCCCUCAAUCUGUGUUGAUAAGGUUUCCAUUGGCUACAAAGUUACUAAAUCCAAUGGAUACUUUUAGUCCUCAUCUUGCUUGAUCUCUCAAGUAAAAUUUGACACCAAUAAUGGUUUCUUCCUUGAAAUACAUUGGCUUCUGUGACCCAUCACUCCUCUUGGUUGUUCUCCUACAUCUCUGGCCAGUCCUUUCAGUCUCCUUUUCAGGCUCCUCCUUUUCUACUUGGUCAUUCAAUUAUGAAGUUCUUGAAGACUCAGUCCUAGGCCUUCUCUCUUAUAUAUAACUCUUCCAGACACUCAUUUAUGCACAUGAUUUCAAAUACCAUUCAUAUGCAUAUGUCUCACACACUUUUAUCUCUAGGACAUAUCUUUCCUUUGAGGUCCAGAUCUGUGUAUUAUAGUACUAAUAGGUAGCACAUAUUUGGAACAGUGUCUGGCAUAUAGUAAGUACUAUAUAUGUGUUUGCUAUUAUUAGUACUACUUUACUACUCCUCUGUCUCUUCAUCAAAAACUUUCACCUCA